AUGGGGAACGAGGGAUCCAAGCCAAAAUCAAAUGGCGUCAUAAAGAAAGAGUCCACUAACUCCAUUAAGUCCGUCCGUGCGUUUCGGGGGAAGAGGAAGAACAAGGACACAAAGUCUUCAAUGGGGGACACCACCCAAACACAUGUUCAUAGUAGGACCAUAAAGAACGAACGGCUGCAGCCGUUGCCGAACCAUAUCAAUGGCAAAGAGACACCAGACUCGCAUCGAGCUAAUGAUUUAUUAGUGAGAAGAGUAUCUAGUCAGAAACCUCGCAUUGAAACUACUGAUUACAGUGAGAAUUUUAGAAAUGAUGGAAAUCACGAUGGUCAGUCCAUGAUGUAUUCGAGUCCCUCUGUGACAACCUCUCAGAGGGGGUUGCUUGAAUCAAAUUCAAAUUCAAAUUCAAAUUCCAAAAUUCCAAUUCAAAUUCCAAUUCCAAUUCCAAUUCAAAUUCCAAAUUCACAUGCUCGUUCUCGUUCUCAUUCUCAUCAAAACCUCGUAGAUGGUGGCAAUGUAGCUGGUGAAGAGGAGACAAACAACCAAUGGAGCAACCAUGGUGCUCACCGCUCCAGUUCUAAUGUCAAUCUCAAUGAUGCAAAUAACAUCAAUAAUCAUAACCAUAGACUCCCCCCCUCCAUGGCGGUUUUAAAACCAAAAUCCCCAAUUCUAAGAAUGAACUCAUCGACUUCAAUUAAUGACAACUCCAUCCAACAUAUGAAUCCUAUCGAUCGACAGAGAAGUAAUUCGGAGAAUCACUCAUCACAUUUGAAUAACCUCUCAAGGCGCAAUUCUUCAACUACCAUAAAUUCAACAAACUCGAAAAAUUCAAGGCAUAGUAAAAAUAGCAGAAAUAGCCGUUCCUAUUUGGAAACACAUGGUAUACCAACUGAUGCAUUCACACAGAUGACCUUAGAACCUAACAUGGGCCAUUUGGAAGAUAAUGGCGACCAACGUCCAAAUUCCCCCACACAUUCAAAGGGAACUUCAAGGAGCAAUUCAAGGAGUAAUUCUAGAAGCCAUUCAAGAUCACAUUCAACCUCGAGUCGAAAUCGGGCCUCAUUAAUUGAUCAGUUAGGUAACGGAAAUGUGCUAGGUGACUAUUCAAACGCAAUAGAAGAUUCAGGCGAUGAAGGUAUCCAACCUUCUCAAAUGAUCAACACCGACUUUAGAGGUGAUCUUCAACAUCCUAAUAAUGAACAAGAUCUAUUGGCAUACGAACAAGGUGAAAAUUUUAUUUAUGGGAAUAAUAAAGAUCAAAACUCGCAGAAUCAAAACUAUCAAGAGUACGAGCAUGAACAAGCUGGCCAACUUGAACAAAAUCAAAAUCAUCAACUAGAAGAAAAUAUACCCACUGAUCACUACAUCAAUCCUAAUGACUAUAGGCGGAAAUACGAUUUGGAUAUCGAAGAAAUGAUCCAACGUCUAUUGGAUGCAGGAUAUGCAUAUAAAAGAACAAAAUCAGUAUGUUUGAAGAAUUCUGAAAUUGCAAUGAUUUGCUCUGUUGCACGAGAGAUCUUUUUAUCUCAACCUUCAUUACUUGAACUAAGCGCACCGGUGAAGAUUGUCGGUGAUGUCCAUGGCCAGUAUACUGAUUUAAUUAGGAUUUUCUCCAAAUGUGGGUUUCCUCCAGCUUCAAAUUACCUCUUUCUAGGAGAUUACGUUGAUAGGGGGAAACAAUCACUAGAGACAAUUUUGUUGUUGUUAUGCUACAAGAUUAAGUUUCCUGAAAAUUUCUUUUUACUCAGGGGUAAUCACGAAUGCGCUCAAAUUACAAGGCAAUACGGAUUUUAUGAUGAAUGCAAGAGAAGGACUAACUUGAAAACAUGGAAGUUGUUUGUCGACACUUUCAAUACAUUACCAAUUGCUGCUAUCGUUGCCUCCAAAAUCUUCUGCGUCCAUGGUGGUUUGUCUCCUGUUUUGAAUUCGAUGGAUGAAAUUAGAAAUAUUAGAAGACCGACAGAUGUGCCUGACUUUGGUCUAUUGAACGAUCUCCUUUGGUCGGAUCCUGCCGACUCCCCCAAUCAAUGGGAAGAUAACGAACGUGGUGUGUCAUAUUGUUUCAAUAAGGUGGCAAUCAACAACUUUUUAAAUAAGUUUCAAUUUGACUUGGUUGUUCGUGCCCAUAUGGUGGUGGAAGAUGGUUACGAGUUUUUCAACGACCGUUCUCUAGUAACCGUCUUCAGCGCUCCUAAUUACUGUGGCGAGUUUGAUAAUUGGGGUGCUGUCAUGGGUGUCAGUGAGGAACUACUAUGCUCGUUUGAGCUUUUAGAUCCUUUGGACAGCGUUGCCUUGAAACAUUUGAUGAAAAAGGGUAGAAUCGAAAGGAGAAACGCAAUGCUCAAAUAUUCAAAUAACAGUACCAACCAGCCUACAAAAUAG